UAUUAGUGCAGCCAUCUACCGAAAAAAUAAUGGAUUUCUUUUUCCCCAAACUAAUACAACAAGCCGGUCAAUAAGGUCGUACAAUGACUUACAUAUGUUGCCGUUAUUAAUGACGUCCUAUAAUUUUUAGAUAGUGCUAAACUUCAAACAAAAUAUGUUAGCAUUGCAUCAGUUUACAAGUUAUAGCUGCUUUAGUGAGGAUACUUUUUUACUUGAUUCUGGAGUAUACUAUUGGAUCCAUGUUACAUUGUUACCUAUCGCAACGUUAAAUAACGCUCUGAAUUAUCAAAGGCGAGCAAACGCGGCAUCCAUUUCGAACAAAGCUUUCUCACGGAUAAGUAUUCCGGCAAAAUAUAAUCAUAGCAAGUACCGAACCCGGGCGACCAGAGUAUCGUUGUUGUCCGUCCAUACGUCUUCGCUUAAAACUAGCAAACCAUACACAAAAAUCUUUUCGAUAGACAUAAGUUGCGAUAACAUUUUUGAAGCUGAUCCUGAAACUAUUUUUCUCACCAAAAGCUACGUUUGAUUAACACACGAAGUCUCCAAA